CAAGAAAAUAUACUUGUACCUAUCCUUAUUUCGUGGUUCUUAAAAAGAGUCAUUUUCCAUUUCAAUGUAAAAAUUUACAGUUUCCGAAUAAAAAUGUUUUUCAUUAUUUUUCAUUAUUUUAUUUAUAAUUAAGGAAAAGCAUAUUCAUUAUAAUAUGCCGUGUAUAUUGCAAUAUAACAUCACUGCUUACGCACAUUUAAUUUACCGACGCAGUAUUUUACGCAGUCUUCGAAAAAUCGGUAAACAAUGAAGUGUAUAUACAUACCAUAUAUAGUUCAUUACUCAAUUAUCACAUUUGAAAGCUAAAUAUAAAGGGGGUAUAUAUUCUCAUACUUAUUACAUAAUAGUCAACAAUAAGUAUAUAUAUAUAUACAUUUAUUCACUAAGACAAUUUUCAGUUGGAUUAAAUAUACAUGUACAGCUCCGCAUAUAUUUCAUCAGCCACAACGUUUCCCACUUACUACAACGCUUUUUCUGUGGCAAUCGUGAAUCUUUAACAUAGAGUUUAUUAGUAAAUUUUCUAUUAUUUUGGAUUCCUAGAUCUUGUUCUCUCGUAAACAACUUUCAAUUUGACUGAAGCGUAUAUAUAUAUAUAUAUAUAUGUGUGUGUGUGUGUGUGUGACUUUUUUUCGGAGUCGUAUUAUACAUAUAUAUGUUGUCGUGUUCGUGUGCUGCUGUCUGCUACAGCAAGAGCAGACGUCUUUGCAGUGCAUGAAAAAAAAAUAUGAGAGGAGCGCGUUAACGUUAUUAUAUAUACAUAAUAAUUUAUUGCAAUUGCAAUAUUGCAAAAUGAUUGAACAAAGACAACUCAAGUUGCAUCAGUUGCGUUGCUCAAAUUUCCUGCAUCCUGGAAUAAAAUCCCAGUAUUGCUAUACUUGCAUGGUUCACGAGAGGUGCCAACAUCUGCUUCCUCGAGCCUUUGCAAAGCGGCGAAAGUGCAAAGUGAACGGCACAGUGAGCGGUUAACCUGCAGACAGGCAUACCGGGCCAAGGUCGACCGAAAGGUAUUAUACUAGAUCCCAUCUGCAGCAACCUAUCAAAAGAAGAGCUCGAGAGAAAGAUUUGCGGAUGCACUGCAGCCGGCUUUGGCGCUCCGCGCUAAUAUUUCCUUUUCCGCGCACCGCCACCGCCGCCACUGUCGCCGUUCUCCAUCAGCUGCACUGUCAGACUCUUCUGCCGACGAGCGUCGCAAACGCAGUUUUGGCCGCAACAUCAGUCAGGUUAAAGAGCCACGCGGCCGCCGUCAACGUCGCUAGCGCAUCCGCCUGGGGUACCAAAAAGCAACAUCGUAAGGUCAAGCUACACUUUUCCCUCCUGGACAUGGCGGAUCCAAAGAUCGAGGCUGAGCUCGCGCCUCUGCGCGCCAACGUCAAAGAACAGGGAGAUUUGGUGAGAAAACUCAAGGCGGAUGGAGCACCAGAGUUGGACGUUAAAAAAGCCGUGGCAGAGCUUAAGAUGCGCAAAAAAUUGUUGGAGGACAAGGAACUUGCGCUGACUCCUGACUCGGCUACCUUUGACAGGGCGAGAAUGGAAGAUCUGUUGAAACGACGAUUUUUCUUUGAUCAAUCGUUUGCUAUUUAUGGAGGUAUCACUGGCCAGUAUGACUUUGGUCCCAUGGGUUGUGCCUUCAAAUCAAAUCUACUGGGCGCGUGGAGGAAUUUCUUUGUACUCGAAGAGCAGAUGUUGGAAGUUGACUGUUCCAUUUUGACACCUGAACCUGUUCUCAAAGCAUCCGGACAUGUGGAGCGUUUUGCGGAUUUGAUGGUGAAAGAUACAAAAAACGGAGAAUGUUUUAGGCUCGAUCAUUUGAUCAAAGCACAUUUGGAAAAGGUAUGCGCGGAUAAAAAAACAAACGAAGAGACCAAAAGAGAGUGCGAAGAUAUUGUCAUUAGACUGGAUGGUAUGACUAAAGAUGAGAUGGGUGCUGUUCUUAAGAAAUUUAACAUCAAAUCACCAAUUACCGGGAAUGAUUUGACGGAUCCUAUCGAGUUCAAUUUAAUGUUUGCCACUCAAAUUGGGCCUACAGGACUGAUCAAAGGGUUCUUAAGGCCAGAAACUGCCCAAGGUAUUUUUGUUAAUUUUAAGCGUCUCCUCGAAUUUAACCAAGAUAAAUUGCCAUUUGCUGCCGCUCAAAUCGGAAAUUCCUUUAGAAAUGAAAUUUCUCCGAGAUCUGGUUUAAUUAGAGUCAGAGAGUUCACUAUGGCAGAAAUCGAACAUUUUUGCGAUCCUAAUGACAAAAAGCAUCCAAAGUUUGAUUUGAUGAAAGAAACCACACUUCUGCUCUACUCGGCCUGCAAUCAGAUGGAUGGCAAGAGUGCGGAAUAUUUAUCUAUUGGUCAGGCUGUGGAAAGUGGUCUCGUGGCAAAUGAAACCUUGGGGUAUUUUAUGGCCAGAAUACAAAAGUUCCUCGUCAAAGUGGGAGUGGAUCCUAAGAAAUUGAGGUUUAGACAACACAUGGGAAACGAAAUGGCUCAUUAUGCCUGUGACUGCUGGGAUGCAGAAUGUUUAACUUCGUAUGGUUGGGUAGAAUGCGUUGGAUGUGCUGACAGGUCAGCUUAUGAUUUAACUCAACAUACAAAGGCUACUGGAGUCAGAUUAGUUGCCGAGAAAAAAUUAUCACAGCCAAAAACAGUAGACAUAUGUGAAGCUGCUCCGAAUCGCGGCAUCAUUGGAAAAACCUUUAGGAAGGAAGCCAAACUCGUAUUGGACGCACUUGCCGAGCUUGAAGAAAAAAACCUUGAUAUUUUGGAAAAAGAUCUGAACGAUAACGGAAAGUAUGAGCUGAAAGUAUCUGGUGCUAGUUAUGAAAUUACAAAAGAUAUGGUAGCAAUUAAAAGAUACCAGAAAACUGUUCAUGUCGAAGAAUUUGUUCCUUCAGUAAUUGAGCCUUCAUUUGGCAUUGGUCGAAUCAUGUAUGCAGUUUUUGAGCAUAAUUUCAAAAUGCGUGACGGUGAUGAGCAAAGAAGGUAUUUUAGCUUACCACCCGUUGUAGCACCUUUAAAGUGCUCUGUUCUACCACUUAGUGGAAAUGCUGAAUUUGUUCCGUUCGUUAAACAGCUGUCUCAAAAUCUCACAAAAGUCGACGUAUCUCACAAAGUUGAUGAUUCUUCUGGCAGCAUAGGUCGCCGAUAUGCGAGAACAGACGAAAUUGCCAUUCCUUUUGGUAUUACGAUAGAUUUUGAUUCCCUAAAGGAACCUCACAGUGCAACUUUAAGGGAAAGAGAUAGCAUGAGCCAAGUGAGAAUAAACCUAGAGGAAUUACCAAACAUCGUGAAAGACUUAUCGUUAGGAAAAAUCAUGUGGUCCGAGGUUGAAGCAAAGUAUCCAAAAUUUGUACAGCAAGAAACAACUGAAGCUUAAAUAAAACAACCUCGAAAUGACACUAAUCAUCCACCUGCAUUUAAUCGACACGACAGCAUUUUCAUGCAGCUCAUACAUUUUUCAAGUGCUCAACAAUAAAGAUUUUAUAAGC